GUUGACGAUGAUGACAUCCAAUGGUUUGAUUCAGAGUGUUAGAGAGAGUGGCAGAUAUGUUGUAGAUAAUGGACUACUAAACAUAUCAGAUGAUGCUAUAGAUAUCGUACUGAAUAGAAUAAACAACGAAACUUUCGAGAAGUUAUCAACAAAUCAUGGAUAUAAGUUACCACUGAAGUUCUCAAAUAUCUCGGAGGAACUCUCUGUAUUUGGUUUGCUAUCUGCCUUGAAUUUCGCUAGCGGAUAUAGAGAGACAUUACACAAAUACACUGGGAAGGGUGCAUUCGAUAAUAUCAAGAGAUUUGUACUAGGGUUAUUCCUUUCUAAAGACUCCGGGACACUCACUGUCGACGGCUUAGAGGGGUUCACCAAUGAGUUUACGAUUGAGUUGCUCGAUAUUAAGCCAUUCAACGAGAAGCCACAUCCGACAUUACCUGGCGUCGUUGUUGGUGAACGUGACGAUGUGGCUUUCGAGUUCGUCAAUCUCGUUACUAGCACGCUGAAUGACAUUGGACGCACUUUGAGACAGCUUAAUAAAGCAUCUUUUGGUGAUUACCUAUUUGAUUUGUUCAGUCAGGCAAGCGGGGCUGAUAAUAUUGUUAACGAUCUUGUUACGCGUUUCGAAAGCUUCAGAGAUGAACACACUGUCAAGGUUGGUGCGGAUAAUGUUCAGAUUAAGCUAUACAAGAAGGCACUUAUCCUGGUAGAGACUAUAUCGAUUGAGUUGCGCGGAAGAUCGGACGUGCCAUUUGAAUUGCCUAGUGUUGAACUUCCUAUAUUCUCAGAUAAUGUCAUUCCAUCGAUGUUGCUCCACUGGGGGAUCAUAGAGAUACCUGAAUCAAGCAGCCACUUUGACGAAACCACCAAAAGGGCUUUCAAACAUGAUGAGGAAGAGUACAAAGCUAUCAUAGAUGGUCUUGAACAGGAGCAGCAGCGUGAUUUAGGAGCUGUCGUACAAGGACCUUCACUCUCUUCUUCACAAGCAGCACUCAUAAGAUCCGCUGCUGUUGAAGCAGUACGUAGAAUGGCAACGAAAUCUCCACAUUCGGAGGUUGAAUUCGACGCAUAUAUCUGGUCAGUUAGUAAACAAGAUCACUAUCGCCGUUUGGUUAGAUUCUCAGAACAAAAUACUGUAUAUUAUUAAAGAAGAUUAGAAUAUAUUACAAGCAGUGUUUUCGUAUGCGUUUUCGUUUAAAAAAUUCUAUGGAGAUAAACUCUGGGCUUUCUCGUGGUUCCGUAGAGCUUGUCGCUUAUUUUGAUACCAGAUCCUGACUGAAUUCGGAGACAUAUUGAGCUCAGUUGCUAGUGCUUGCCUUUCGUCAUUCGAAGGGAAUGGGUUGGCGUCGUAGCAACUCUGUAGCCGUUCAAGUUGAUAGGCGUUAGCUCGUUUCCUUUUAGCUUUUAUCGGCGCUUGCGCUGUAAGUGAUAAUGAUGUUGAUGCGUUGCUGCUACUGCUGCUAUCCUCGCGUGAAUGUGAUGAGAAUGGUUUAGGGAGUUCUAUAACAUUGCUAUCCUUUUUGCUAAAUGGUAAUCGCAUGUCUUGUUUUUAUAAGUUAUGAUUUUUUUGAUGUAGUUCAGUGACAACAGCGGGAAAUUUGAUGAGAAUAAUCAGAACUUUAUUACCCAACGUUAUAUCUUUACCCCUUAAACAGACAACACCAGAAUCAGGGUAGUGGCACGAAUUUUGAGGUACGACAUAGAUCCGC